AUGAUUUUACAAUUAAUUAAUUAUCCAGUCGAAGGAACUGUAGAAUAGGAUUAAUCAAAAUCUCCAAAAAGAAGAGGAAUUUUAAUAAAGCAUUUUCGUUAUCCAAUGAAAAUUUAAACAAAUAACUUAAUAUAUCCACUUCGAUCUCCAAAAAUUUAAUCUAGUAAAAGUAGUACUAGAUAAAAUGAAAUCACAUGGUUUAGUGAUUGUAAUUAAAUAAGAGAGCAUAAUUAAACAUUUUAUCAAACAAAUAAUUUCAAACCCUUCUUUAAAUUAGGUGGUGAAUAAAAAAAUAGAUUUGCCAUAAUAAAAAAGGUAUUCAAAAAGGAAGAUGAAAAGGAUUGUUAAUUUUUAGAAAGAAAAUUGAGUUUAUUGAAAUUUAAUUUUAAAGAAAAAGAGAAGGAGAAAGAGGAGAACCAAAAAAUUUCUAUUGAUUAUUCUUAAAUUAAGAUUCCUUAAACAGCAUAAUCUACAAGAAAGAGAUAAUAUUAGAAUAACAAUAAACCUCAAUUAUUUUAGAAUAAGAUCAAUAGAAGAUUUAAUAGUGAUACUGAUUUAUAAGAUUAAAAGCCAAAUAGAAAGCAAAUAAUAUCAUAUUCGAUAAGACCUAAUACUCAUAACUAUGAUCGUGAUCAUUAAGAAUUUGCUCAAAGCAUUUUAAAUCAAUAUUUGAAAAAAAGUUUGUAAGAUUAAUGA